CCCCAGGGACCGUGAGCGUUCCCAGCUUCCCCGCGGUACCGGCCCAGCGCUCACCCGGGCGGAGGCGGGCCCGGCGCGGCAGCACCGCCCCCAAGCGAGCGGCAGAUUUGAAGGAAGAGGCGGGCGGCGCGUGAGCGGUUCCCUGCGGCCAUGGUGGAGGGCCCGGGCUGCACGCUCCAUGGGGAGAGGCUGCGGGCGCGCGUGCGGCGGGGCCAGGCGGUGCGGAGCGCGCGGGGCAGCGCUCUGGCAGCCGGAGCCUGCGGCGCGACUGCUGCAAGUGAGGAGAGAACCUCUGGUCAUGAUUUUCUUGUUGGACAUGUUUACAGGGGUGUGGAGACAUUGGGAAAGGAACUUUUUAUGUAUUUUGGUCAGAAAGCUUUGAGGAUUCACUUCGGUAUGAACGGUUCCAUGUGCAUUAAUCCCAAUGGAAGCAAAAACAGAAAUGCAGCACUACCAGUUUUGGAGAUACAGCUUACAGAGGAUACUGUUUGUUUUUUCGAGGUGACAGUAGAGUAUAGAAAUGCAGCUGAGAGUGAGAGGAAAGUGAGAAUGAUGGAAAGCUUAGAUGUCUGUUCUCCAAAAUUUAGUUUCCUAAGAGCAGAAAGUGAGAUUAAGCAGCACAAAACCCUCAUGUUGUGUGAUGUGUUACUGGAUCAAGCAGUAUUACCUGGAGUGGGAAAUAUAAUAAAAAAUGAAGCACUGUUUGACAGUGGUCUUCAUCCAGCUGUUCAGGUUUGCCAACUGACAGAUGAGCAUAUACGUCACUUAGUGAAAAUGACACGUGAUUUUACCCUGCUUUUUUAUAAGUGCUGCAAAACUGGGUGUCCACUCUACAAACACUACAAGGUAUACAAGCGCCCAACCUGUGCUCAGUGCAAUGGGAAGAUCUCCGUGUGCCGUUUAGGAGAGAACAACAGGAUGACUUACUUCUGCUCUCAGUGCCAAAAGGCAGAUCCUGAGUGUGUCAAUUUAAGCAAACUGCCAACUAGAAAUAGCCUAAUUGGCUGGGCAUAUGGCAGAGGGUCAUGUUCUAAUGAAGAUGUAGCUCGGAAAUCUGAAGAGGAAUGGACGUGCAUGCGCUGUACCCUAAUAAACAAGCCUUCUGCUGAAAUUUGUGAUGCCUGUUUGACUUCAAGGCCUGAAGUUCCAAAGACAGAGAAUGUUGAAGAUUCUGCAGCCUUUAACAUAAACUUAGUGAAGUACCCUUGUAAUGACUUCAGAAAACCCAGCACAGAAAUAAAGAUCAAUAGGAAAGCUGCAUUUGGAACUACAACUCUUGUCUUAACAGAUCUUGGUAACAAAGCUGAUCUGAGAAAUGAUACCCAAAUGUCCAAUGGACACUCUCAGUGUGUUGCUCCAAAAAGCAAUUGUAGACACAUACAAAACAAUGUCUACCAGUCAUGGGGGAGCACAGACAAGGAUAGCUCAACACAUGAAACUGCUAUGGCUUUGUCCUCCUGUCAGCAACCUCCCUCUUUCAAACACGUACAGAAGAAACAGAAAACUGAUCAUAUACCCUCAGUUCUCCACUAUAAUAGAGCAAUCAGCACACCUCAAGUUAAUCUGACCGAUGAUAUUUGUAUAUUAAGUGCAGGCCAUCCUCGCUGCAGCAAGCACAGCCGGCUCUGCAGCCUCAGAGUUGUGAGAAAGGAUGGAGAAAACAAGGGCAGGCAGUUUUAUACCUGUCCUCUACCCAGGGAAACUCGGUGUGACUACUUUCAGGAGGACUAUGGCAAACCCUAGAUCUAGAAAUCAGCCACAUUUCUGUCUGGCCAAAAUCUUGACAAUAUCCAAGGAUGAAGAUUCUGUAAUCUGCCUGGGCAACUGCUCCCACUGCUGCACUAAUACCUAACCCGACCUUCCUAGCUGCAAAUGGUGGCCAUUGCUCCUUGCCGUGAAUGUAUGUAACCGAGAAGAGUUUGACUCAGUCACCUACCACCAGAUGAACUCCAGACAGUAAUGACUAUUGUGCCUUUAUUUGAAGAAAACUGUGUGUUGGCAUCAAUUAAGGUUAAACCAGUUAGUGUGUGCAGUUGCAGCUAAUGUUAAAAGAAAAACCUAAAAUCAGUGAUCACAAAAGAGAUAAAACUACUUUAACUACUAGGAAGAGUUUCCUCUAGGGCCUCUCCCUGUAGAUCUGCUUCUAUUGCUAAUUUUAAAACAAGGAAUUCAUAGCCAUCACAUACGCCAAAACUGUGCCUAAACCUGUUUCUUUUGGCAGUGGGCUGAUCUGGAUUUUCCAUUUUGUAACCAUGGCAAACGAUCUGUUAUGAAGACUGUCUUGAAGAUUGGUCCCAAUAAUGGAAAGAACUUCUUUGCGUGCCCUCUUGGGAAGGAAAAACAGUGCGGCUUUUUCCAGUGGGCAGAAAAUAGGCCAGGUAUGCAGCUUAUUCCUUGAUGUCAAUGUUAUAGUUAGCUGCUCCUCAGGAUGUCUUAAGUACGUACAACUUGCCUAGUCAUUUUUCCAUUUGCUGCUUAAUUAGUAUAAGAGCUUCAACAUAAAGAACUGCAGGUCUGGAAAGAGUAAUUUUACAUAAUCCUGUAAAAAUUAAACACUGCUUGUGUGCUGCAUACUAUUUUGCAGUAAUCAUCUAGCUUGCAAUAUAUUGUGACAUACUGUUAUAUUUCUAAUUAAAAAUGGAACUGUUUUCUUUUUUCAUGUACAUGUCAUUGAAGUUUGUCAGCACUGUGUACUUUGAAGCAUUUGUGAUUUGUAGAAUCAAUAACUUUAAUCUAAAUUAGUAUUUUAAAGUGGCAGAUUUUUCGUAAGUGUAAGCAUAAUAAAAUAAUAAAAGUUAAUAAAAAUACACUUGUUUUAA